UGUAUGGCUAAAUGUUGAUCAGAAAUGUUCACUGAUCUAGCGAAAUGUGUUAUAGAUACUCUGAAUCAAGAGUGAAUAAGGCCCAACUUCAGCCAUAUCCUGAUGUGUCAUUGAUCACUUAAUCAUCUGACUGACUACUGUGAAUGGCAACCCGAGGAAAGAACAGGCAUGGGCAGGCAGAGGAGAGGAGGAGGCAGCAGUGAGAUAAUAUUAAAAUAACAUUUGUACCCAAGAUCAGCAGUCAUUUGAGUUCCAGAAUGGCACGCAUAAUGAAAAGAUUCAUUGACAUUGGCGCCAAUUUGACGGAUGAAAUGUAUCAAGGAAUUUACCAUGGAAGCAAAAAGCACGAAGCUGAUUUGAGCCAUGUGCUGAAAAGAGCAUGGGAAGCAGGAUUAAGUAAAAUGAUUAUCACUGGAACAAGUCUGUCAGAUAGCAAAGCAGCUUUGGAAUUAGCCAAGACUAAUGAGAACUUAUACUGUACUGUUGGCUGCCAUCCAACACGCUGUGGAGAGUUUGAGAAGGAGGACACUUCCCCAGAAACUUACCUGGAAGAGUUACUUCAGCUGACCCUUGAUAAUAGGGGGAAAGUAGUUGCCAUAGGAGAGUGUGGCUUGGAUUAUGAUCGUACCCAAUUUUGUGCUCCUGAGAUACAAAGGAAGUAUUUUGAGAAGCAAAUCAGUCUAGCAGAAGUAACUGGACUGCCAAUGUUUCUUCAUUGUCGCAAUGCUGCAGCAGACUUGGUGCAGAUCCUCACUGCCCACCGUGAAAAGAUUAGUGGAGGGGUUGUACAUUCCUUUGAUGGCACUCAAGAAGACGCACAGCAGAUUUUAGAUUUGGAUCUGUUUAUUGGAUUAAAUGGAUGCUCACUGAAAACGGAAGAUAAUUUAGCAGUUGCAGCAUCAAUUCCACCUCAGCGCCUCAUGAUUGAAACAGAUUGCCCUUGGUGUGAGAUUCGACCAACCCAUGCCGGCUACAAGCAUGUCACAACUACUUACCAGACUAAGAAAAAGGAGAAAUGGGAAGGUGGAGUCAUGGUUAAGAGUAGGAAUGAACCAAAUUGUAUAGUACAAGUUUUGGAAGUUAUAGCAGCAAUUAAGAAAGAAGAUCAUGAUAAGUUGGCAGAGCAACUAUACAACAAUACCAUGAAACUGUUCUUUCCGUCUGAAACAGAAUAAAAGCAGCUUUGUAUCCAUCUUGUCUUGGAGUGAUUAAUAACAUAUUAAUAUGAGCAAAAAUAGAAGUAGUAUGUGUACCCAUUCUUAUAUAUUUUUUCAUCUAUAGUUGACAAAGAGUAACAGAGUGUGGAGAUCAAUAUAGAGAGGUGAAGUCUGUAUGUUACUGAGACACUGAUUAGUUUCAGCUCACUGGCAGUGGUGCACCAAUAAUAAGGGUCCACAUGUUAUUAGCUUGCUGGUGGCCUGGAAAAAGGUAAAUAAGCUUGUGGCUAUGAUGAAGGUGAAUGAAAGAAUCCUGAUUUUACAGAUCUCUGGCUUAGAUUGUGGCAAGUCAUACCAGAAUAUUUUACACAUCCUUGACUUAAUGAAGAGUCAAAGGACAUGUUUUGGGAUGUCAUUAUGGAUGACUAGAGAAUUAGAAAAGUGGAAUUAUAUUUUUAGGUUGUGAUCCUAAUGAGUAUAUGUGUGAUGUGAGGAAUGAGGACAUGUAUGGAGACUAUACUGUUCAGAGGAGGUUCAGCUCUUUCAAGAGUGAGUGCAAGGUAACUUUUACUCAUAUUUUACUUACAUAAUAUAAAAAGAAGAAAAGGGAAGCUGCAAGAAGCCAUGAUGCUUACACACAGCAAUUCCUGUAUAAAUAAAACUAUAUUAUUUGUUUCAAAUAUGUAUUUUCAUUGUAGCUGAACCAUAGACUACACCAAACUUGACUGUCCACUCUCCAUUUUACUGUCAAUGCCAUUUCCCAAGUGAGUCUUAAGCAAGAAAUAACUGUACUGUAUCACAGACAUACUUUAAUAUAUUGGGUCAUAUAUCAGUUCAUAUUCUACUUAGUGCAUUUUAUUUCAUAUCAUAAUACUCAGUAAUAAUUGCCGGACCUAAACAUGAUUUUAAAACUAUUGCAAAUAGGAAACUGACAUAAAUAUGAUGAGUUGAAGUGAAAGAUCAUGUCUGAAAUGUUUACAAUGCAUUUUGUUUACUGCAGCAAUUUCCAGUGAUUUUGCAAUAAUUAUUAAAAUCCCAUUUUAUAGAGUGAACACUCCUGAAUAUGAUGGUACACUCAAAUUUGUAAUAAAAUGUCAUUUAAGUGGUAUAUGGACUUGCGAGUGAAUUAUUUCACAAUCUGGCAGGCAUCAUCAUAGUGCCAUGACUAUAGAGAGAGUGAGAGGGAGAGAGCAAUCAGUCAACUGUCAGUCAGUCAGUCACUCAUGCAAGCAACACAUCCACCCUGUAUGCCAGACUUUUCUUAUCUGUAAGUAUGCAAAA